UGGUGGAGGAAGUGCACACGGGUGAAAGGAUGGGUGUUGGAACACUGUACGCCUGAAAGCCAAUCAUGAAUAACUCUGCAAUUCACCGUGAUCCAGUAAACUGAAACACAAAACCAAAACAAAAUGGGGUGGAAAAGGGCUGCGCAAGCAGCUGUCAGAAGGCCAGCGGCUUCCAAACUCGCGGGGCCACAGGCAAGGCGUCGCGGCGGCUCAGUGCGCAGGCGUCGGCCCGGCUCCGCCCCCAGGCCGCCCGCCCGCAUGCGCAGUCGGCCGCGGCCUAAGGCACCCUUCCGGCGUCGCCUCCUACCUUCUCCAAUUUCCUAGUCCCUGCAAGUAGGAUCCCUGGGGUCAGUUCCCGUCCCACCAAGUUCGCGGACGCCGCUGAGCCCUCGGCCACUCACCUCUACGUUUUGGAUCUCACUGGAAUAUUGUUUGGAGAAACUAAUAUGGAAGUUCUGCGUCCGCAGCUUGUAGUCAUUGAUGGACGGGCUUAUAGGAAAAAUCCUAUCCAAGAAAAGACUUGCCAGCAUGAAGAAGAAGAUGAGGAUUUCUAUCCAGGUUUCAUGGAAGGUGCAGAAGAGCCCUGUGACACCUAUGAAGUGGUGCCAACCCAGCACGGGUUCCGGUGCACGGUGAAGGCCCCGAGCCUGCUCUACAAGCAUAUAGUUGGAAAGAGAGGGGACACACGGAAGAAACUAGAAUUGGAGACUAAAACUUCAAUUAGCAUUCCUAAGCCUGGACAAGAAGGAGAGAUUGUGAUCACUGGCCAGCAUCGCAGUGGUGUAAUUUCAGCCCGGACACGAAUUGAUGUUCUUUUGCUCACCUUUCGGAGAAAGCAGCCCUCUACUCACUUCCUUUCCUUUUUCCUCAAUGAAGUUGAGGUUCAGGAACGAUUCCUGAAAUUCCAGGAGGAAGUGCUAGAGAAAUGUUCCACGGAUGAUGGGGUUGAUGGCACAAUUUUCCAGAAUCCCCAGAAGCUUCAUCUAACCAUUGGGAUGUUGGUGCUUCUGAGUGAGCAGGAGGUCCAGCAGACGUGUGAGAUGCUCCAGCAGUGCAAAGAGGAGUUCAUUGAUGACAUUUCCGGGGGCAAACCCUUGGAGGUGGAGAUGUCGGGAAUAGAGUACAUGAAUGACGAUCCAGGCAUGGUGGAUGUCCUUUACGCCAAAGUCCACAUGAAGGAUGGUUCCAACAGGCUGCAGGAGUUGGCUGACAGAGUGCUGGAACGUUUUCAGACAUCUGGAUUCAUAGUGAAAGACUGGAACAGUGUGAAACUCCAUGCCACAGUCAUGAAUACGCUCUUCAGGAAAGACCCCAAUGCUGAAGGCAGGUACAAUCUCUACACAGCGGAUGGCAAGUAUAUCUUCAGGGAGAGAGAAUCAUUUGACGGCAGAAACAUUUUGAAGCUAUUUGAGAACUUCUACUUUGGUACCCUAAAGCUCAAUUCAAUUCACAUCUCCCAGCGGUUCACGGUGGACAGUUUCGGCAACUACGCCUCCUGCGGCCACGUCGACUUCUCCUGAGGGAGUGGGGAGCACCGGGCCCUCAGCGGCACCUCCAGGCCCACAGAGGACAGCUUCGUUCCGACUGCUGAGGGUGGCUUGGGAAUUCCACAUGGGACGGUUCAGAGCAGCUCUCCUCGGACACUGGUGGACACUGCUCGCCUCUAAUGGCUGCCCACGUUCAUUGCACUGUCAGGCAGGGGGGGUUGUAGGCACGAGGGUUUGGCCUGUAAGCCUUGGCCUGUUCAUCUUUCCCAGGGUCUGUCUUGCCUCAGAAAGCUCUUUGGAAAUGGGCCUUGCACUUGGCUGGCCUCAGGUUCGAGAGGUUUCUCACACAGCUGAUGAUUUUACCCAGCUAUUAAACUCUUCUGCAUCGAUGCUUUUCUUAUUUUUCUGGUGCUGGGUACCACACCUAGGACCUCACACAUGCAAAGCAGACACUCGACCACUGUGCCAUCACUCUGGCCUCAGUACUUGAAAGGAGAGUUAAAGUACUUGAGGGCCAGAGCGAUGUGGGGAAGGCAUGUGGCUUCAAUCUUCAGCGCCCCCUGAGCCCCACCAGGAGUAAGCCCUGAGCACCACAAGAAACCCUCCUCUCCCCCCAAUAAAACAAAAACAUUCCCCCAAUAAAACAAAAAACAUAACGUACUUGAAAAGAGAAUUUUUUUAUUUGAUUUUUGGGCCACACCAAAAAUGUUCAGGUGUUAACUCUGAGGAAUCACUCCUGGCAGGGGUCAGGGACCAUAUGGGAUGCUGGGAAUCGAACUUGGGCAGGCUAUGUACAAGGCAAGUGCCCUAACUGCUGUACUCGCUCUCCAGUCUCUGAGAGUUUUUGAAAUUUCUUCGCUUGAAUCAAGUAACUGUAAUUCUUAGAUUUGUGUCUUUCCCUUACCGCACGCCCUAACUUUUAAUCACCAUGGAGAAUUUUUUCCUUGUUGCUGUUUUUAUUUUGGAGGUCACCUGGGAUUGCUCGUGGCUCCUCCAGGCCCCAUGCUCAGGGGACCGCACGGUGCUGGGGCUCCAACCUGGCCUUCAGCAUGCAAAGCAUGCACGCCAAACUUAAAAAACCCAGAAUUUCUGGGUAGUCAUGUAAAAACCAUGACUAAAGCUUACCAUUUAAUGAUUUUUGAAGACUCCCUGGUUGGGCUCAGGGGACCAUGCGUGCGGGGCUGAGAAUUGAAGAGUCAGCUAAGCCUUUUUUUUUUUCUUGCUUUUUGGGUCACACCUGGCGAUGCACAGGGGUUACUCCUGGUUCAUGCACUCAGGAAUUACUCCUGGCGGUGCUCGGGGGACCAUAUGGGAUGCUGGGAAUUGAACCCAGGUUGGCUACAUGCAAGGCAAAUGCCCUACGCUCUGUGCUCUCUCUCCAGCCCCCAUUUAGCCAUUUUAAAGCAUGCAAGUGAACCGUGUUACGUGUGUUUGCAAUGUUGUGAAGAGCUCCAGGAAGUUCAUCUUGUAAGUCUGAAGCUCUCCUCACUACACAGCACCCUGUACCCGGCCCCCGGCCCCCAGCACUGCCCUCUACUUCCUCUUCCUCUGAUUUUGAAUAUUCUAGUUAGACUUAUGGAUGUAAAUGGGAUUGUAUGGUCUUUUGUCUUUUUGUGGCUAGCACUUUCCACUUUGACAAAAUGUUCUGUGUCAUAGCAUGUGGUAAGAAUUCCUUCCUUUUAAUCUUUUUUUUUUUCCUUUUUGGGUCUCACCCAGCAAUGCACAGGGGUUACUCCUGGCUCUGCACUCAGGAAUUACUCCUGGUGGUGCUUAGGGGACCAUAUGGGAUGCUGGGAAUUGAACCCUGGUCAGCUGUGUGCAAGGCAAACGCCCUACCCGCUGUGCUAUCGCUCCAGCCCCUCCUUCCUUUUUAAAGCUGAGUAGUACUCUGUUGUGAACACAGGCAUUUUGUUUAUUCAUGUAUCAUUCAGUGAACACUGAGGUGCCUUCUGCAUCCUAUGGUGAAUAACGCUCCGUGAACAUGAGUAUCUCUUCAUGCCCCUGUUUUCCGAGCCAGGAAAUUAGACAACAGGGACAUGUCCCUGACCUGGAUUGGUUUCUGGCACCACGUGGUCCCUGAGCAUUGCUGGGUGAAGCCCAAGAGGCAUCACCUCCUCGGGCCUUUGUGCUGAACUGAGAAUUACUGGGAGGACCCUUGAACCUCCUGAGACCCUCUAAAAAAGAACCUGUUCUCUAAAAUCAUUUUAUUUUACUUUUUUUUGCUUUUGCUUUUUGGGUCACACCCAGUGAUGCACAGGGGUUACUCCUGGCUCUGCACUCAGGAAUUACUCCCAGGGGGCCAUAUGGGAUGCUGGGAUUUGAACCCGGGUUGGCCACAUGCAAGGCAAACGCCCUACCUGCUGUGCUCCAGCCCCUAAAAUUAUUUUAUUUUUAUAGUUUGGUUUGGGGGCCACAUCUGGUGAUGCUCAUGAGUGCACUCGGGAAUCACUCCUAGUGUGCUCGGGAGGCCAUCUGGAAUGCUGGGGUUCAAACUGGGUCAGCAAAUGCCUACCCACUACACUAGCUCUCCAGCCCGAGAAAGACCUGCUUUCUGUUUCUCUGCUUCAUUAGUGUUAAUAAAACAGCUUGAUAAAGUUUUUCCUUCAUACUGUGUCCUUUUCUACAUUUGUUGCCUUUCAGUGUUUGCUAGAUCCCAGAGUCUCCUCCCCGCUGUAAUCCUUGCCUUCCUGAGCCCUGUGGAGUCGCAGUAUUGUAUCUCUUUUUCUGUUUACUUCUCAGGGCAGCAAAAAUAGAAACACCCGCUGAUAGCCCAGGACUGAGCUGAGUUCCCCGGGAGAAGGUCAGUGGCAGAAGCGCCUCCUGCCCAGAGCCAAGCACAGAGGAAGUGACAGAGUGCUCCCACACAGCCCGGCAGUGCUCCCACACAACCUGCCAGUGCCCCCACACAACUCACCAGUGUCUUCAAAUAGUCUGUCAGUGAUUCCACACCACCCACCAGUGCUCCCACACAGCCCACCAGUGCUCUCACACAUCAGUGUCCCCACACAACUUGCCAGUGCUCCCAUACAACCCACCAGUGCUCCACACACCAGUGUCCUCACAGUCUGUCAGUGCUCCCACACCACCCAGCAAUGCUCCCACAGUCUGCCAGUGCUCUUACACAACCUGCCAGUGCUCCCACACUCACCAGUGUCCUCACAUAGUCUGUCAGUGCUCCCACAUAGUCCACUCGUGCUCCCACACAGUCCCCCUUAUCCCGGGUCCCCUCACAUGCUCUGGGGGCAGUGGGGGGAGUUCCAGCCUCCCUGUGCUUCUCUCUCCCUCCAGGUCUUCUCUCUGUGUCCUUCAUUCACCUCACCUCCAGUCUUAGUUUCCACUCGAGAACACUCGUCUGGACCCUUUAUAUUAGGUAUAAAGGUCACUCGUGAGACCUGUGUGGAACGGCCACACACUGGGACAUGUGUGACUGCACAAAUCACCUGCACCACCGGGAGUGAUCCCUGAGCACGGAGCCAGGAGUAAUCCUUGUGUAUAUCUCCAAAAUAGAAGCAGAACCAAAAAAAUUAAUGUUGUCAUCCAUAGGUUACUAUUCUCGCUGCAUUUAAGCACAUCUAUUUUCAGUAAAUUUUCACACUUAACAUCUGAUAUUAGUGGGGUGCUCAGAUUUGCCAAGAACUUGUAUAUUAAUUUAUCUAAUACUACAGCCCACCUAAUUUUCAGUAUUCAGUUUUGCUUUUGGGGCCACAGCCAGUGGUGCUCAGAGGCUAUUCCCGGCAGUGCUCAGGGGGUCAGGCAGUGUGGGGGUUCGGACUCAGGCCUCCUGCAAGCAGAGCAUGCAGUUCAGCCCUUGGAGCUACCUGCCAGGCCCUGAGCCCACUUAAUUUGCUGGUAAAUUUAUCUUCAUUUUACAACCUAAUGCACAGCAAAAUUAAGGAACUUGUCUGAGGCCAUUCAGCGUGUAUCAGAUUUUCCUAAAACAUGCCCUGAGGGGUCCCCGAGAACCUUUCCAAGAGUGUGUGAGCAACCCAUUAUUUUAAUUGAAAUGAUUAGGUAUUAUUGGCCUUUUGGGGGACCGUGCUGGGGAUCAGAAUAGGAGCUCCCACAUUGGCGCUCAGAAGUCAGCCUUUGAGCCUCCCCUGGCCCAUCCCUUCCUUUCCUGUCACUCCUGUGCUCUAGGGAUGCACAGAGGAAUGUCUCAGAGACUUCGGGAUGGUGGUGAUGCCAUCACUCAGGUGGUUAAUGAAAUAUUUGUACAUUUUUGUUUUCUAGAAUCUUACCAGUUAGUACAAAAUACACAAUUUUAAGCAUUUAAAAAGAUUUUUGUUUUAGUGUUUGGGUCACACCCGGUGAUGCUCAGGGUUUAUUCCUGGUUCUGAGGUCAGGGAUCACUCCUGGCAUUGCUCAGGACUACAUAGGAUGCUGGGGAUUGAACCUGGGUGGGCAGAAUGCAAGGCAAGCAGCCUACUUGCGGUAUCAUCGCUCAAGCGUCUGUACAUGACCUUCUGUUACAAACUUUCUCGCCCAGCAGUUGAUCACAUCGGUUGUCAGUAGAUAAGAGACCUCUGUAUUUUCAGCGAUUGCUUUGUGCAUCACUGCAGCAUCACUGGUUUCUGACUCGUGGGACUGCCUUGAGGUUUGACUGUCACAGUUCUGGAUGGAACGUCUUCAUACUGUUGUAUUUUAUGCAUGUAAGGUCAUCUACAUAUGGGAUUAAAUGGUGGUUUAAAAAAUUAUUUAACAGGAAGCAGGAUUUAUUUGGAAGGGGGAGGUGCAGGAGUGACUCAGGAGGGGCAGCCCUGAAGGGGGGCCCCACUGUUUGCCCUGAGACCCACAAUGAAGCCAGACCCACAGUCAUCUGCAUGAGCAACUUUUCAGCCACCAUGUCCUCAAACUUAUUUGCAUUAAACUUGGUAAAGCCUCA